AUGCCUAAGAUUGAUAUCGAUUACUCGGUGUACCUGGUCACGGGAAGAGAAUUCCUUCCAGCUGGAAAAGACUACUACGAAUCUCUCGAAGAGUCAUUACAAGGAGGUGUUACUGUCGUCCAAGUAAGAGAGAAAAAUGCGGAUACGGGAGAGUUCAUCCAAGUCGCUAGACGUACAAAGGAGAUAUGCGAUCAAUAUAACGUACCUGUACUCAUCAAUGAUAGAAUUGAUGUUCAUCUUGCUGUUGGGACCGCGGGUAUUCAUAUCGGUCAAACCGACUGUCCAAUCUCUUUAGCACGUACUCUGAUAGGCGAAGACGCUAUCAUUGGCUUAUCAGUAAGGAACACCGACGAAGCGAAUAGGGCUAUAGAGUCAAAAGAAUCUUUGGAUUAUAUCGGGAUUGGUGCAGUUUGGGAAACUGGUUCUAAAGAUAUUAAAGGUAGAAAAACAUUAGGUCCUGAUGGUGUUGGUGAGAUUUUGGAUGUGAUUCAAGGACAUGGAAUUAAGAGUGUUGCUAUUGGCGGUAUACACCUUCCUAAUUUACCUCAACUUCUACACGGAUCAGUCUCACCUUUGAACUCAAAUACCUUGGACGGAGUAGCUGUGAUUUCCGACAUAGUAGCUUCUCUCCAUCCUAGAGAAGCGGCUACGGACCUGAGGGAGAUUGUCGAUUCCUUUAAACGGGCUAAGCGUGUAUUGAAAGGUCAACAAUCCGUUUUCAGUAUCUUGCAAGGACGAGAUGGGUUGAAUGAAGAUCAAUUGAUUAAAGGCGUUGAAGGUUUGAUGGAGGUUUUACAACAGGAAACUCCUCUUGUCAAUCAACUUACAAACAAAGUCGUAAUGAAUGAUUCGGCAAAUGUCACUUUGGCAGUAGGAGCUUCCCCAAUCAUGUCUACUCAUCCCAGGGAUGUUCAUGAUCUAAGUCCAGCCAUCGGAGCAUGUCUAAUCAAUUUUGGCACUGUGGACGAUAAGGAAGGAAUGAAAGUCGCAGGUAGACAAGCAAACGUUAAUCGAAAACCAUUAGUAUUCGAUCCCGUAGCUGUUGGAGCUACUUCCUACCGGCGUGAAACUGCAGCAGAACUCCUUGCACAUUGGCAACCAACUAUAAUCAAGGGGAACGCAGCUGAAAUUGGUGCAAUGGCUGAAUCUACCGAAGUGAUGAGUAGAGGUGUCGAUGCUGCUGGAUCAGGGUUCAAAGAUCCUGGAUCUGUGGUCAAGGCUUUGGCACGAAAGAGGGCCGCUAUAAUAGUAUUGACGGGACCUACAGAUUACAUAUCAGACGGAUCGUUGGUCAUCAAAGUAUCAAACGGAUCACAUUACUUGGAAAAGAUAACUGGAUCAGGUUGUCAAGCAGGUUCCUUAAUAGCUUGUUAUGCAGCUGCAUCAAGAAUCAAAUACCUGAAUGAAAAUGACAGUUUCGAAGAUGAUAGUCAAUUAGUUCAAGGUGAUAUGUUAUUAGCUUCUUUAGCUGGUAUCUUGAUUUACACUGUUGCAUCCGAGGUAGCAGCCGAAAGACAAGAUGUGAAAGGCCCAGGUACUUUCAGGUCAGCAUUGAUUGAUGAGUUGUAUAACCUAACUCCGGAAGUAGUCAGAAAGAGGGCUAAAGUAGAGAUAUUAUAG